CUCAAGGACUAGAACUUCCAAAAGACAAAGCCCCUCCAAUAAAGCAACCCCACUUCCUCUUUUCUUUCUUUCUCGAACUGAAGUCUCGAACCUCAACUCCAGCUAGCCACGACCACCCUCUCCAGCCUCCCUCCACCACACCGAUUGGCUCCAAGCUUCCGGAAUUGAAUGAAUCGAGGUCUGAGCUACUUGGUAGAAUUCAAGGGUUGAAGCAGCAAUGGAUGCUACAGAGCAAGAUUUUAUGAACCUUAGUGAUAGAGUGUCAGUAAAAGUUAAAAUGGGAAAACAACCUGAUCUUGGAAGUGAAAACUCAGAAGAUACAAAUACAAGUUCCACAAAGAAAAAGCUUAGAGUGAUCAAAGUAGCAACAAUCCAAGCAUCCCAAGCAAUCCAAUCCAACAUGGCACAAGAGAACUCAUCAGCGUCUGAUGAUCUUCAUCUGAAUGUAGAUGAUUUCUACUUUUCCGCACUCUUUGAUGAUGAAACUUAUGACGAGUCUGAGCCAGUUUCAGAUUCCAAGUACGCACAAGAGUUGCAGUUCCAAGAGGCUCUAAUGUCCUCUUCUGCAAUCACCUCCCAAUCAACGCACAAUGAUGGUUCCUCUUCCUCUUCAUCAUCAGCAACAAUCCAAGCAACCCAAUCAAUCCAAUCCAACCCAAUCCAUGAAAUCCUAUUCCCAAUUCAGGACACGCAAGAGUCUGGUGAAUCGUCGUCACCACAACCAUCAACACAAAUCCUUUGUGGGAUUUGUUUUGAAAUGAAAGAGGCUGACGAGAUGUUUCGAAACGAGGGAUGCGUUCACUCCUUCUGCUCUGACUGCAUAACCAAGCAUGUAGCAUCCAAAAUCCAAGCAAACAUUCACGUAGUUUCGUGUCCCAGCUUGGACUGCAGGGCUGUGCUGGAACUUGAUGCCUGUAUGCCAAUGCUUCCCAAAGAAGUCAUAGAAAGGUGGAAUGAUGCCCUUUGUGAAGCUAUGGUUUUAGGGGCACAAAGACUCUACUGUCCAUUCAGUGACUGCUCAACGGUUUUGAUGAUCGACAUCGAAGGUGAGGAGGCUAUAAGAGAGUCGGAGUGUCCCAUUUGCCAUAGACUGUUCUGUGCACGAUGUCAAAUCCCUUGGCAUCCAGGAGUUGAUUGUGAGGAGUUUCAGAGGCUUAACGAGAGCGAGCGAGGGAGGGCGGAUCUUAUGGUUAGGGAACUUGCAAAGCAGAAGAAGUGGAAGCGGUGCCCUAGGUGCAAAUAUUAUGUGGAGAAGACUCAAGGUUGUUUGCAUAUUACUUGCAGGUGCCAAUACCACUUCUGCUAUAGAUGUGGAGCAGAAUGGACAAGUACUCAUGGUGGUUGCCAGUGAGAUUAAGUUGCAGAAGGCACUUGGAUUGAAGGCGUGUUACUUGUUUUAUGAUCUAGAACUUUAAUUUAUAUACAGAAUCAUCAAAAGUGCAGCAAUACGAGGGGACUUUUGCUAGUAGAUUUGUAACAUUGCCUUGAAUUCCCUUAUUAAUGUUAUGGAGUUUUCUCUUUUC